AUGGCUUCUGCAGACGAAGACAAUUUCGAUAUUGACAUCUACGGCGACGGUGAGGUUGAGAUGGGUAAUGAUGGAAACGUGGACUACAAGGACGAUGAUAUCCAGCUUCAUACCGAGGCUGAGGACAUGCCAGUUGCAGACGAGACACAUGUGGACCCCGAACCAGAGGAACAACAGCCUAUUUCGAGUUCAGCUACUUCUCUGGCGAAGGAGAAAUCCGCAGACGCCCAAUCCAACAACCCCGAUGUCAUGCCUCAUAGACCCAUCCCACAACAAGGUAUCAAGCGAAAAGAGACCUCGGACGACAGACCCAUCGAUCACGGCGCUACAACCGCUCUGAUGAUUUCAGACUUGCACUGGUGGACAACCGAGGAUGAUAUUCGUGGCUGGGCUAACGAGGCAGGGGCUGAAGACGAGCUGAAGGACUUGACCUUCAGUGAACACAAGGUCAACGGCAAGAGCAAAGGCCAAGUAUAUCUCGAGUUUUCUUCUCCCCAAGCAGCAACGGCGGCAAAGCACAAGAUCGACUCCCUAGCUAGCAGCCAGCCUGGCUCACGCAAGCACUCGGUCGUCUACACCAGUGCCACCCAGAACCCUUUCAAAACCCUCCCAAAAGAUGCCCCUGCUGCUCGGACCAGGGAAGACAGACCCGUUCGUGGCGGGUCAUUCAACUCUGGACCCCGGUCUGACAACAAUUACGGUAUGAACAACCAAGGCUUUCGAGGUGGCCGGGGUGGUGGCUUCAACCGCGGAGGUUAUGCUUCGCACAACCAAUACAACCGCAAUUUCUCAGGUCCGAUGGGUGGCUACAACAACAACCAGAACAUGGGCUUUCAAGGCAACAUGGGGAUGGGAGGUAACUUCGGCGGCUUCAACAACCGUGGAGGUAUGAUGGGCCACCCAAUGCGAGGCGCCAUGGGUGGCAUGCGCGGGGGCCGUGGGGGCAUGAACAACAUGUUGCCCAUGGGUGGUGGGAUGGGCAUGGGCAAUAUGGGCAUGAAUCCCAUGAUGGCUGGCAUGGGAAUGGGAGGAUUUCAAGGAAACCAAUUCAAUCCGGCCAUGUUCAACGCUGGUCCAGGUGCGAAUUUUGGUGGCGGCGACUGGAACCAACAUGGAGCAAAACGUCAGCGACAGGAAUAG